CGCCUCCUGGUCCUCCACGCCCCGCACGCAAAGCGUCCGUCCCCCGCGACGGUCCAGACUCCAACCCCGACGCCGCUCGCGUUCGGGUGCCGCCCCAUCCCCGCCGCCUUCGCCACCGUACCCCACCUUGUGCCAUACCGUAGGACGCGGCUGCGUAGGCCGCCCGAACUUCCGGGGGGGGGGGGGCAGCGGCCGGGGCGGGAGGGGCGGCGGCACCGAGCCGGCUAGGGUUCCCCUCCAUGGACGGCCGCGAGGAGGGCCGGACGUUCAAGGCGAACUUCACCGGCGAGGGGGUGAAGAUGCUACAGGACCGCGUCAAGGAGAAGCUCAGGGAGCUCAUGGGCGACUACUCCGACGACACUCUCGCGGAGUAUGUUGUAGUAUUACUAAGGAAUGGGAGGCGCAAGGAUGAGGCUGCAAAGGAGCUGCAGGUUUUUUUGGGCGAUGACAAUGAUGCAUUUGUAUCCUGGUUAUGGGAUCAUCUCUCCUCAAAUUUACACCUCUAUGUUCAACCUAAAGGUGCCACUUCUAGUGAUGAACCUAAAAGCACUCGCAGUGCUGGUAAAGGAUUGCCUGUUCACAGUUUGACUAGCAGCGUACAAAUUAACUGUGAACCCAAAGCUGAAACCCCGAAGACAACGAGAACUCAUCAGAGAAGAGAUUGGGGAAGAAUUAUUCGAGAACAGUCAGAAGCAGUUCCUCUUCGAAGUGUUGUAGCCAAUGUUUCUCAUGCAGAAGAAAACGAUUUUCAUGAAUCACAUGCAGAUGAAAGGGAUUUUCAUAAAUCACAUGCUGGAAGACGAACCCGUUCUCCUGACAUGCAUAACCACAGAAAGAGGAGCAGAGAUGCAGAUGCACGAUCUACCAAGAGGGCAUCCCACCCAGUUAUUGGUGCACCACGCCGACUUCUUCAGUUUGCUGUUCGUGAUGCUGUCAGAACUGUGCAGCCAGUGACUCCUAGAUCAGAAUCAGCUUCCAAGCGACUUCGCUCUGUGGUGUCUACAUUGGCAUCAGAUUCCACACUUGAUAUUACUCAUAUUAGGUUACAGAGAACAAAUUCAGAUGUGAGAAUACCAGGUGCCACAGCAGCACUAAGGGCUGCAGCUGAGGCGGCUGAGGAUGCUAUCAAGGGUAGCUUUGCGGGGAGUGUUUUUAAUAGAUUGGGGAGGAUGCCCACAAUAAAUCAUACCGAAACUCUUAGAGAUCAGGAUCCAGAAGGUGAAGAAUAUGAGAAUAUAGAUAACAUAAGAGCAGAAAAUCAAGUUGAAGUUUAUGAAAGAAAUCAGUAUGGUGGCAGUGAUGCUUACAUGCAUGACCAGGAAUCAGAGGAAGCUACAGGUUCUGCUCCUAAUAUUGAUGAGUAUGAUAGGUAUAAUGGAUUGGGUUCUCGCCGAAGUACUUUCCCUUCUAGUGGUGGCAAAGAGUCAUUAGUAUUAGGGUAUGUAAGGGGAGCUGCUGAAGUAAGAAGCAGAAGAUUGAUAGCUCAGGGCACACAUGCUCGUUCAGGACCAAGGCCAUCUGAAAAGAACUUAAAUAUUUCUCCUAACACUAGUAUGCGGAAGCUUCCAUCUCAUGAAACCAGGGAUGCUGUUGUAUUUGACCCUCAAGUGCCAAUGGAGAAGAAGGUUGCUGAUGCAAGGAAGUCAAAUGUGAAAAUUGCACAUGUUAAUGAUACGGCCAUGACUGAUAAGUCCAAAGAUUUUGUACAUUCGGGUUCUAUGCUGGAGGCGCAGAAGGCUUCAUCACCUGCUGUUGGGUCAAAUACUACAGGUCAACCUGAAGGUGGCCCUGAUUCUAGAACUGUCUUUGUUAACAAUGUACAUUUUGGUGCAUCGAAAGAUGCUCUUACUCGACACUUCAAUAAGUUUGGGGCUGUCCUAAAGACCCUUAUGGUGACUGAUGGCAUCACUGGUCAGCCAACUGGCUCAGCGUAUAUUGAGUUUUUGCAUAAAGAAUCGGCAGAGCAGGCAUUAACCCUGAAUGGCACAUCUUUUAUGUCACGCAUUUUGAAGGUUGUUCGAAAGUCCUCCACUGAAGCAACCCAAUUGCCUGGCCUACCCCGUGCCUCUCGGGGAUCCCCCUUUGCUUCAAGGCUCAUUAGAACUGCGUACCCAAGGCCGACCUUCCCUGGUGCCACCCGCGGGCGACUGCCACUCAGAGGUGGUGCCCGGAGUUUGCAGUGGAAGCGUGGUGCAUCUGAUUCCGUCGAUGCCGGGAAACAUAGUCAAACUACUCCUGCAGCUCCUGGGAAUCAGUUGGUCACCCCAACCACACGAAGCUUCACCUACACGCGCACUGAGCCGAAACCAAAUGACGGUGCGAUGGCAUGACUGGCAAGACGCAGCAUGCCACUGUCCCUGAUGAACCUCGCAGAAAGAGCUCUUGAUUGAUGGCUGUUUUGUAGUUCAUUCAGCCACUUUUGGUACAUAUUUAAGUAGCUGCAGAUCUUAGUUUGUAGCAGGCUGUUUUUUUUUGUGCACGUCAAAACUUUGAGCCAUAUUCUGUGAGCGGCGUUCCAUGAUUUUUUCCCAUCGGCACACGUUGUGCUGGCUGGCUGUGGAGUUUGUGGGGAGUAAAAUCUAUAUAAAAAUUUGUUAAAAGGAAAAGACGAAUGUGACAGGAACGCUGGAACGAAUUGUUACUAUUGCUAGAUUAUUAAGCCUCCAUGGUUUCCAUGUCGAA